CGGGGGGGGCGGGGCUUGUGUCGGUCCGAGGCCGCACUCUUCUGCAGCUCCCGGGGCCCAGAGAGAGAGCGAGAGAGUCCGGGCCAAGGCCCAAAACUAUACAGAGUGAGAGAGUGUGAGUCCAGGCCAAGGCCCGCGGUCCAGGGAGAGGGAGAGUGACAGUGUCCAGGCCAAGGCCCAGAGAGAGAGAGAGAGAGAGACCAGGCCAAGGCCCGGGGCCCCGGGAGAGUGAAGCCGUGCUGACACAGUCAACCGGGGACUGGGCGAGAGACACCGGGCCCGAGAGGAGGCGGGUAGAAGCCUAACAGUCCUCCAAGAUAUCUCUCUCUCUCCAAUUCUGGUCUCAUUUUAAUUCAGGUUGAAGAUUUGUUGCACUUCAGUUUGAAGAGAUCGCAUUCCAUUUGGCAGUAAUCAUGCCACCUAAAUUUAAACGACAUUUAAAUGAUGACGACGUGACAGGUUCCAUAAGAAGUGAAAGGCGGAAUCUGUUAGAAGAUGAUUCUGAUGAAGAGGAAGAUUUUUUCCUAAGGGGACCUACUGGACCAAAGUUUGGACCACAGAAUGAUAAGAUCAAACAUGUCCAGAAUCAAGUGGAUGAAGUUAUUGAUGUGAUGCAGGAGAACAUCACUCGAGUGAUUGAACGAGGGGAGCGACUUGAUGAACUACAAGACAAAUCUGAAAGUUUAUCUGAUAAUGCCACGGUUUUCAGCAACAGAGCAAAGCAGCUACGGCGUCAGAUGUGGUGGAGAGAAUGUAAGAUGAAGGUCAUCAUAGCGGUUGUCGUUGUAAUUGUCUUGUUAGUCAUUAUCAUACCUGUAAUUUUGAAGAAUCGCUCCUGAUGCCAAAUCUCUCUCAGCGUCCAUCCGCAGGAAAGUUACUGCCUCAAUCUCUAGAAACUACUGGAGAUAUGUUCAAAAUAUCUCAAUUAUUGUAAACAGGAAGUAUAUUUCUAUCUGUCUUUUACUGAAGAAAAAGUAUUUAUGGGCACUCACUGUAAUGAAUGCCUGCCUGGAACAGGGGAUCAAUACAUUAUAAAGCUGCUGUCUACAAGAAGGAACUCUGUUGCAUUUUCGGUGCAUUGUUUUUUUUUCCCUUCUCUAUUACUGGCUACCUAAGUACAGUGUGAACAGUUUUCCCUCCAGUUUACUGUGAGGGACACAGGUUCACAUUUGGAGCAUGGUUCCACUGAUAUGGCAGCCCACCCCCGCCCGCCCAAACAGAAAUCUAAUCAGUGAGUAAGUAUUGUUACAUUGCAAUUAAGCCAAAUCCUGUACCCCCACCCCGCCACGCAAAGCUGAGCAUGUAUGUGGUUCUUCCAGUAGGAUCACUAGAUAAGGAUCAUAAGUGGGAAUUUUGGCUAGUUCUCCCCAUCCCUCCCCAUUCCAGUAGGGCCUAAGGCUAAUUGUUCUGCCCAGUCUUCUUUCGUGGCUAACUUUGUGUAAUGCUGGAUUAAACCUUGCAGUUUCUGUGGCUUUUGUGGUUCAGUGCUGAACCUGGUGGCAAAGUAGUCCAAUAAACUAUUAGAUAAGCAGAUGAAGUAUAGUUUGAGGUAAAGGAAGAUUAAGCAGAUUCUACACUUAAGUAAGGGUCACUGGUUUUUUGAACAGGACCCUAUCUCUAUGCAGGAUCUAUUCAGUCAUGCAUUAUAGUAAGAGAUUAUAUGGACUAGUUUAUAAUAAAUUAUGUGAAACCUUUUUCUGACUGUCAAGCUGUUUUACGUUGAGUACUGUUUUAUUCUGGUAUAUUAUUUGAAACCCUUCUUUAUGCUUAAAAAUUUUCAAAAUUCUUUUGGUUUUAAAAAAAACUGUUUAAGAUAACAAAAACCUGAGACAUCAUCCAGAGUGUCACUUGUAAUUCGCUGACUUGAUUCACCUUGGGGGAGUAGGGGAUUUUUUUUUUGUUUUGCUUUUGACGUUGGGAGGGAAAUUAACUAAUAUUCUUUCAAAAGAUCGUACCAUUGAUCACCUACCAUGUGACUACAUCUGUGAAAAGUUACCUUUUUCAGAUCUUAAAACCUUGUGUUAUAGAUGUGUUCUGGAUUUGCUGUGCUGUUUUUAAAUUUUAAUGUUUGAAAAUAGCUAGUUCAAUUUUGACAUUGAUGUUGGUGAUCUAAAAUAUUUGCAGUUAAGCAGAACUCUGGUGUCCCCUUGCUCUGGAAGGUAUGGCUGGAAACAUAAUCAUGACUGAGAAAUAAUCUAGCUAGACUUGCUGCCAUGUAUUGUGCAACGGGACCUAAAAUUAAGGAGCAUAGCUAAUAUCAUGCUCAUUUAAGCUGCUGUUUUAAAAACACAAAAUUCUUCAAUUCUUACUUGAUUUGCUAUAGUUGUCUGUUCAAAGUGCACGCAGAGUAGCAAGUAAACAGCACAUUCAGACCCUGAACCAGCUGUCUGAUGAUCACUGUACAAUUUACUUCUUUACAUGCUAUUUUGAUUUCAAAACAAUGGUUUUCCAUAACUCGGACUUGAUACGAAUAGAGUUUUCUUCAUUUAAUUACAAAACCUGUUGGUUAGACUUUUUUAGUGCAGAUGAAUUGGCAGCACAGACUACGCUGCAUUAAUUUCUAAGUUGAACCAAUUACGUUGAAGCAUUGCAGGUUUUGAAAUGUGGGUCAAAAGAAGCAUACAGAUUUGGAGAACAGGGAAGAGUUUUACAAGUGUACAACCAAGAAAAUCAAGUACUCUGGAAAGUAGCCAAGUAAAAUACAAGUUGUGAAACAGUGGACUUUUUCAUUGAAUGCUUACAAAUGUAAUUUUUCAUUGAGGGGUUGGUUUGUGUGGUAAAACAGAUUCCAAAAAGGCACAAUUGGAGAAAUUAAUUCUAUACUUUGUUUCCAAUGCACUUUUAAUAACUUUACCUGUUACAAGCGUUGAACAAAAGAUGAUAGUCACUAGUGUCAUUUCGGGGCAGUUGAAAGGAAAUAAGGUUGCAGUUGUUUAAACUUACUACCAUUAUGAUGUGAGAUUUUUGUGUGACUACUGUAUACAACAAAAUAAUAUAGUCCUUAGCAAAAGAGCGUACAGCAAUCAAUCCGGCACGCAAUCACUUAAACUCCCCUAAGCAGUAAAGGAGGGUCUUCUUGACAUUGAAAGCCAAACUUCAUGAUAGCAUUGGCGCAGUCAGGAAUUGCGGAAGUGAUGCUUUUCUUAAUAAUAUUGUAUACACUUUUGUAUACAGUAUCUUUUUGUAUCUUUUGUAUACAGUAAUUGGUUAAAGUGUUAUUGUUAACCUGCAAAAAUCAUUACAUUUUGGCAAUGCAGGUGAGACAACUGCCAAUCAAUUUCACAGGAAGUAAUGCUUCCCACAGACUGCACUAUGAAUGCUUCUUGCUAGGCAAGAGACUCCCAAUAUACAGCCAAGGUGGCUGAUAGCAGUGUUAAAGGCUCUUUUCAUGGGCCCAGGUUUCUGUCUUUUGCCAAUCCACUUCUUGCGAAAUAUACCUAACUUUUGUUGACUGCUUUCAAGGGAACCCAUAGACGAGUGGCUCAGUGGUUAGCACUGCAGCCUCACAGCGCCAGGGACUUGGAUUCAGUUCCAGCCUCGGGUGGAGUUUGUACAUGCUCCCCAUGUGUGCAUCGGUUUACUCUAGGUGCUCCGGUUCCCUCCUACAAUCCAAAGAUGUGCAGGUUAAGUGGAUUGACCAUGCUAAAUUGCCCUGUAGUAUACAAGGAUGUGUAGGUUGGGUGGGUUAGCCAUAGAAAAUGCAGGGUUACGGGGAUAGGGUGGGUCUGGGUGGGAUGCUGUUUUUUGGGUCAGUGUAUAUUUGAUUGGCUGAAUGGCCUGCUUGCUCAAUGUAGGGAUUAUAUGAAUUGAAUGACUCAGUAUUGCCAUCUUGAGAUAACUGUACUGACGUAUUUAAUGGUCAGCACCAAAAGUGGUCAGUACAGUCAGCCUGGGCUGAUCACAAGUACUGGUAAAUUGUAAUCCUCAAUGUAACUGAAGCUUUGGCAUUUACCAACAUCUGCAUUGACUAUAGUAGUGCAGACAUCAAAUAUGAUCAGGAAAUGUCUCUUACCAAAGUAGAUAAGACAUCCAAAUGAGUGGAAAAUGUCAUCCUGUUAAAUGUGGAAAUGUUUUAUUGUUCUGUAUGAACAUUUGAUCCACGACACCUGUCCUGGGAUACAAAGAUUUAUUCCCAUGAAAUGUGUUUAGAGCAGAUGUAAAUCCUGCACAUGACCAGUACAUUAAGUAGACAGAAUAAUAAGCUGAUAACUCUGGCUUCUAAAAUAAUUAAUGUAUGCAUUUUAAUAAUUGUGAAAGAGAAACUACAGCUUAUUGCUGUGCUAAAAUAUGCAAAACAAAUAUUUUCUUUAAAAUAACAUUUUCCUUUUGUAAUUUCAUAAUUACACCGAAAAUGCAUUUCUGGUCAAUGAUGUAUCUUUAGCAGAAAUUUAUUGUUUUGGUCUGUGUGUAAAUGCUUUGUGAAUGGUGACAUUUAAUAAAGCAGGAGAAACAGUGCACCUAAGUAAUUUAUUUCUAUUAGUCAUAUUCAUUUGAUCAAGCUUUAGAAGGUUGUAUAGGAGCAUCUUAUAAAACUUAAACAUACGCAGAAAAUGGUGGAGAAACUCAGCAGGUCUGGCAGCAUCUGUAGGAAGUAAAACAGAGUUAAUGUUUCGAGUCCAGUCUGACUCCACUUCUAUGCUGAAGCAGUCAAACUAGUCUUGAAACAUUAACUCUUUCUGUCUCCACAGAUGCUACCAGAGCUGCUGAAUGUUCCUAGCACUUCUUGUGUUUAAUUCAGAUUUCCAAUAUUUGCAGCAUUUUCCUUUUGUUAUAAAACUUUAGUGUUUAUACAGUUUUUUUUUUUCUCUGUUCUUCCCCACAGUCAUAGAUUGAUGGUCUGCAGAUCUGUUCAAGUCCUGUUGAGAUCACCUAGAGAAAAUCCAAAUUGAAAUGGGUUUUAUUCAUAACCAUUACCAAGGUUAACUUCUUUCUCACAUUGCAGUUUAAUGUGUACCCAUUAUUGUCCAUUAAAAUUAUCCAUAUGCUGUGGAAAUCUAACCAUGGUUACUUUUACCCCUUUGUGCAAUAUUUGAAUCUUCAUUUUCUUUGCAAUGUACCUGCAAAAUGUCUACAACUGUAUGUUUGUACAGCCUUCUCCCUCUCUCCCAUUAGUGUCCGUGGACCCCCAACAGCAUGGAUCUGUUCACUGUCAUACUUGCAGGAGUUUGCCAGUACCAUUUUUGUACAUGAGUUGGCUUGGAUGGUUUUUUUAUACACUAUUUUUCCUCACCCUGUUGUAAACCCUUAACUUUUGUCCAUCGCCAUGGGCAACUGGUUGCUUAUAAAAUCUGUCGUGCAGGCUUUUGAAUUACCAGCGUGACAUUUAAAGGUGAAAGAUUUUAUUUAGUAUUUUUCCCUCUGUUAAUUAGUUUCACACAAGCAGAAUGGGCUUCUGCCCCUACAUCUUCACUCGCCAAUCCAGGCAGAUCUGCGAGACAGGAAGAUACGUGUGGCAUCAGAGAAGGAUUCAACGGCCACACAAAACCUGCACUCUGAUGUGAACGCUCCUUCUGUAGCCCCCAGUGAUGUGGUGUAAAGUGUAAAAACACCAAGAUCUUUCUAAAGAUUCUAAAAAUACUUGUAUAUUUAAGGAACUUGACUUGUUGACUUUUAUGUUGUGACUAUGUUUUAGUGCAAUUGUAUUUUUUAUUCAUCAUUGCAUUGUGCAGACCACCUUAACUUAUUAUGUAUAUGUAUGGGUGAAUGCAAGGACAAUUUGACAAUAUUCCCUAAACUGAGGGAAACUACUGAGUAUAGACUUAAAAUAAAAUAUUACAUCUUUUCAUUGCUUGAUUUCUUUUAAUUGUUACAAGAUAAUAUAAUUUGAAUUUUUUGAUUCUUUUGAAAGUUGUAUUGAUAUUUAUGAAAAUAAAAGGUUAACGAUC